AUGUCCUCUUGGUGUUUAUUCGAACAGGAAGCUGCAUACUUGGCUAUAUUACUUAAAGCUCAGAAAGGUAUACACCACUUGGAGCUGCAAAAAUGCACCAUAGGAUUAAAGAACAUAAUGUUGGCUUUAAGUACCCAGGCGGUUUCAUUGAGCAGUUUGUGCUUUAUUGAGUCAGAUUUUGACGGUUUAUAUGAUUAUUUAAUGCCAUUGACAAAUCUGAAAAAAUUGGAAUUCAAACAUUGUCUCUUUGAAAAAUUCGAUCUCCCGAAAUCACCGGAGCUUGCUUUAACAAUGCCAAAUCUUUCGAUCCUCAGGAUGGAUGAGGCAGAUGUAUGGCCGGAGAUCGUAGAGAAAAUUCUAGGUGCAUGUACUUCAAAUAUGAAAGAGAUACGUCUAGGAAAGUUACUGUCUACGCCGUAUGAAAAUCAUGCAACUCUUAUGAGUACGGAUGCAAUUGGAAUUAUUGCUUCGAGAUUUCAAAAUCUGACGUUUCUUAAAAUCGCCUUGGAGAAUAAUCGACAAGUACCUCAAAUUAUUUCAAUGUUUGCAAUUUGUCGAAAGAUAGAGACUGUAAUUCUUUGUCAAGAAGGGUUGUUUACAUUGAAUGUGUAUGAAACUAAUGAGAUGUUGGAUCGAUUGGGCAGAAACGGCUUGCCUAGAUCAUUGAGAAAGUUCGCUCUGCACGGAAAGAGGUGGUCUUUCACCUCAAUUUCUUUGGAAAAUUUUCUCAAGCCCGCACACAGUAACGCCCCAAUUCUGAAACUUGAGAUAUUAGGAUCUUUGUCUUUCACUAAUGGUCACAUAGAAGCUAUAAUAAGGUUAAACCAAUACAAUAAAGUUGUAGAUCAACUGAUCUUGUCGUCUGACAUCGCCAAAAGUCUGAACCUGAAAAGAUCAAGAGAGUUAGAU